AUGCACAUACAAAUGAGAAAUCCCUCUCUCGCCUUGAGACCUAUGGUCUUAGGCCUCGUGAGGGUCAUUGUUCUCUCAAUCGGGCAGACUCCCUUAGUUCAAGCCGCCCCGAUCCACACCUUCAAGCUGUUCUCCGCAGCCGAAACACCAGAGGGAAAAGAUCCUAGUGAGCCUACGCUAUGGAUAUAUCUUACUUUUGCAGCGGUACUGGUGCUGCUUGGAGGAGCAUUUGCUGGGUUGACUAUAGCCUUGAUGGGACAGGAUGAAAUCUAUCUUCAAGUCAUCCGGGAUUCCGGUGAAGGAAAGGAAAGGAAACACGCUGCGAAAGUGUUGAACCUGUUGCGGAAAGGGAAGCACUGGGUUCUGGUUACACUCUUGCUCAGUAAUGUCAUCACCAACGAAACUCUACCUAUCGUCUUGGACCGUUCGCUCGGAGGUGGAUGGCCUGCUGUUUUAGGAUCUACAGUACUCAUUGUCAUCUUCGGCGAGGUCGCCCCUCAGUCGGUCUGUGUCCGCUAUGGCCUACCUAUUGGAUCGUGGAUGGCCCCGUUUGUCCUCGUCCUCAUGUACAUCCUUGCCCCGGUAGCAUGGCCGACCGCUAAAUUGCUCGACUACCUCUUGGGGGAAGACCAUGGAACAGUGUAUAAGAAGGCGGGCUUGAAAACAUUGGUUUCCCUGCACAGAAGUCUGGGAGAAGCGGGCCAACAGCUCAACUCCGACGAAGUCACAAUUAUCAGCGCAGUUCUUGAUCUUAAGGACAAGCCAGUCGGCAAUAUCAUGACCCCGAUGGAGGACGUUUUCACGCUAUCCUUGGACGAUGUUUUGGACGAGGCCACCAUGGACGACAUACUGUCGCAAGGCUAUUCCAGAAUCCCCAUCCACCACCCAGAUAAUGACUCCGACUUUGUCGGCAUGUUACUGGUCAAAAUGCUGAUCACCUACGACCCCGAAGAUGCUAAACCGGUCCGCGAUUUCGUUUUGGCCACACUGCCCGAGACUCGCCCGGAGACAAGCUGUCUGGACAUUGUCAACUUCUUUCAAGAGGGGAAAUCGCACAUGGUCCUUGUGUCCGAGUACCCGGGCGAAGAUCACGGUGCCCUUGGUGUGGUGACCUUAGAAGACGUCAUCGAGGAAUUGAUUGGCGAGGAAAUUGUGGAUGAGUCGGAUGUCUUUGUUGAUGUGCACAAAGCCAUUCGACGCGCGAUGCCAGCGCCGACUCGUCGCAUUCCAAAAUCUUUCGUUGUCCCCGAGCAGCCUACCACAAAUGGCACUGCCUCUGAUCUAGUCGACAUUGGCGAGGGUGAAACGCUCAGCCCCACCGAUUUACAAAGAGCCAAGACGCUCGAGCAUGCCCAACAAAAACUCAAAGUCGUUGCUGGACCUCGACGGAGAUCGAGCGCAGGGAACAGUAUUGGCGGAGAUGUUAAAGGCAACAAGAGGACAAGUACCGAUGAGAUCAAGGAACAUCUCAAACACCUUGGCCCUUCGAACCUUGCCAGCAGACCCAGGACAACACGAUAUAACACCGUCAAAAUCAAGCGAGGGACUGAUACAACACCCAAGGAAAACGCCGGCGAUAGUCGUGCGACACCUGUCAGGAGAAUUUCCGAGACGCUGUCUGAAUACCAGAGCGGCAUUGGUGAAGGGACUGUGACAUCUGGCGGGAAAGCAGCAAGCGAUGGCGUGCUAGCUCUUCAACGAGGCUAUGGAGCUACCUCUCCUCCUGGCGAGAGGCGGCCGGAGAGUGUGACAAAGGGCAUACAAGUCGGCUCGCCAGCCGCAGGGAGUCCAACGCCUGACAUCCAUAGCAGCAACGGCGACCAGAAACAAUCCAGGCCGCCAGCAAGAGCCAUGACAAGCGAAAGCACCAUUGGGAGUCUACCUGGGUCAAGGCAGCGCUCAAGAAGUCCCUUCUACCAUGCCAAGGGGCCUGCCAGAAGUGGUAGCAUCACGGAAAACAUCAUCGAUGCGAACGGAUUUCGCAAAGUUGUUCUUGAAACCACCUCGAGCAGCGACUCCACUGGGGAGGACGAGAACGGCGGCGCCACUAAGGUUCAUACACCACUCGAGGAGCUUGCGCACGCUUCAGACCUAAAAUUACGGGGAGGCAGCGGUGACCAAGAUCAAGGACAACAGAAAGAAGGCGGAAAGAAGAAAAAGCGUCGGCGACGUAAAAAUGGCCAGGGAAAAGGGGAGCGUGAGCCGUUGCUCGGGGGAGGCCAUUCCUAG